UAGAUACUUCCACUUGUAAUUUUUGUGUUAUUGUUAUUAAUAAUUAUUGUGGGGAGACGUAAAUUAUAAUAAUAAUUUGUCUUUUGUAGACAUUCAUAGGUAAUAUUUACUUCCCGUUUGAAUUUCAGAAAAGUCUUUAACCUCUAUAUGAUUUGAGAAAAGCCCCACCAUGCUUUCCGUCACAGUGAAGACUUUGGAUUCGCAGAAUCAUUCAUUUAAUGUUCCAGAUGAGAGUACAGUAAAAGAGUUUAAAGAACAAAUAGCUCCAGUAUUGAAUAUAACAGUUGACAAGCAAAGACUGAUAUUUUGUGGAAAGGUAUUGAAAGAUGACAAGAAAUUAUCAGAAUAUGAUGUUGAUGGAAAAGUGAUUCAUGUUGUACAAAGUUUACCACCCCAAGGAAAUUCUAGUUCAUCUUCAAGCUCCUCGAGUACUACAAAUGGAGGAGGAUCUAGGGGUAGUAGAGAUGCAGCUGGAUUUCUACUUGGUGCUUUUUCAAUCCCUCAAGAUUUAGUUGACCCUGCACAAGUUCAGAAUAUUGUUCACGAUGUAGUAUCAGGAAUGGGUGGUGAAAUUGGAAGAAAUGCAACUGUAAUGUCAAGAGCUUCAGAUGAUGGAACAGUUGAUGUACAUAUUAAUUUAGGCAGAAUGCCAGUAUCAGUACCCAUGCACAGUGAAGCUCAACUUAGAAUGAACAGGGUUCAAACAAUGCUGAUACGUGCUAAUCAUCUGAUGGACACAUUAGAGGAUGGAGCAAACUCAACCAAUGGAAAUGUUGCUGACUCUUCCUCACAAACAGAAACUAGUGAACCUGAAAACACUGCAAUGGAAUCUGAGACAAGUAAUCCUGGAAAUCCUUUAAAUGAUUCAGUUUUUGAGAAUAUGGAUUCUGCAUCUGCUCCAGUUAGUGCUGAAGUUAACACAGAGAUAAAUGUGGACGUUCCAAAUGAAAUAUCAAUCAACCGAGAGACUUUCCGGUUUGAAGGUCUUGCCCAGGCUGCUCAAGCAGCAAUUUCUGCUGCUUUUGCCACUGCUGCAGCCGCUGCCAGAGCAGCUGCAACUAGUGUAGGGAGUCCUGUUGUAAAUAAUGUGCCCCUUGACUUGCGAACUGUCUCGGCGGAACCAAUGGAGGAAUCUUCAACUGAAACUCCUGCCUCAGACUUCAUGGAUGCAAUUCCAUCUGAAGAGUUUGCUGUGGAUUCAGAGCCUUCUAGUUCAGAACCAGUUUCUGUAAAACCAGAACCUAAACCUGAUGCUGCAACUUCCAGUCAGACUCCUUUUAGUCAGCCCAUGCCUUCAAAUUCUGCAUCUGGAUCAACAUCUGCAACAACAUCAAUUCCUCAGCGAUCUCGUAGACCUGUGCAACCAAGUGUUCAAACACUAGCUAAUUUAUUGGAUGAAGUAAUACGAUUUAAUUCAAGGUUGCAACCUAGUUUAGAAAGAGUUAGAGAUUUGCUAAGAACUGAUGCACCUCUUUCUGGAAGGCCAUGUGCUGAUGCUCAGCGAUUAUUCAGCAGAAUCUCACAGAUGCUUCACUUCCUGAGCCAUGCUUAUCAUUCUCUUAGUGAUUUGCACGUGAAUUUCACCCAUGCACCACCACGCAGUCCAAGAGUGAGAAUUAUUUCAUCAGCACAGGGUUCCAUUUUACAAGGCCUCCCUAUGCAGGCACAAAUCAGCAUUUCCACCUCAAGUGGUCCGUCAUCGACUUCAAAUACGACCACUACCAGUAAUAAUGCAACUAAUGAAAGUGCUCCAAGUUCUAAUUCAGAAGUUAGACCCACUCCUCAAGUUACUACCCAGACUUCAACAUCUACUGCUGACACUCCAUCAAUUGGAAGAGGACAAAAUCCAUUAGUUUUUAUGGAAGUAUCACCUACAUUAACUAUUGAUAAUAUUGCAUCAAUGGUGACACCUCAACUCAGUAACGCUGGCUCAUUUUUUAAUAUUGUUCCUGUACCUGAGGGACCUUUCUCAGCUUCUAGCUCUCCUAGGAAUACAUCUAUUUCUAGUGCUGCUGCACAAAUAAGAGCACUUGCGGAAUCACGAAAUGAAGCAAAUACAGAUUCCUCUAGAAGUGUGCCCAGAACUACUUCUUCAACUGCUGGAACUUCCUCUAAUGGUCAGGCUCCUCCUCUAAACAUUCCAUUUCGCAGUUUGAUUCCUGUGCCUCUUACAUCGAUGGGAAGCUUGCACACUUUUGAUUCUGGUUUGCCCUGUCAUUCCGUUUGGGCAUUGGAACCAUCUCGAAGACGACACAAUGCUGGCGGAUCUCGAACUCCCAGUGCUCACCAGCAGCCAGCUUUAACUCCUAAUUUUCCUGGAAGACAAGAGGAUCAAUUGCAGCAAGUCAUUAGCAAUAUUGUGAUGUCAUUAUUAAACCACAGUCAUAAUCAAGCUCCUGGAAAUGCAGCAGCUGGAGUGACUGUUUUGACUUCUCGUUCUGGUGAUACACCAAGGGAAAGUUCAAUAUUCACUACAGCAUCUAGUCAAGCAAAUCGUGGCAGAGCAUCACCUCCUGAUGUUCCUUCAAGCACUCAAGUACCUCCUUCUCAGGGCAACUUACCUCCGAGGCCAGGUUUUGCAACGGGCAACAGCUCAAUGAGAUUUAUGCUGUCUAAUAUAGGGCUAGCCAAUAAGACAAUUGCUGAAGUUUUCACUGGGAUCAGAGAUUGUGACUUAGAUUUGCUUGGCAGUUUCUUCUGUUUCCUGGCUAGCAAGUUAACAUUUCAAGAUGUUGUAGACAUUGGAUCUGGUGAUUUUGAAUCCAUCACCAGAAUUCGAAUUCCCCUGCAGAAUUAUUUGCGUGAAAAUGUGUUUAAAACUGAGAAUCCACAGCCUUCUGAUUAUGAUGCAGUUGUGCAAGCAAUUUUAGCUAAUGAAGAAUUGAAAAUGUUGAAUUUCUUGCUGCAAGCAGAAGUUGCUGAGAAUGAAUGUGCAAGCUAUGUUACAGCUUUUAAAGCACUUAUACGGGAGAAUAUUCACAAAGUAUUCGAUGCAUUGCUUGGUCGUUCUGACAUACCUUCUGGCACAACGUAUGGACAACAUGUUGCUAGAACUUGUAGAGAACUCUUUGAGAAAUUCCUUCAAUUAAAUUCAAGAUAUUCGAAUCUUGAUGUAAUUGCUCUUGAGCGUGUAUUAAGAAGACAACUGGAACCUUUAUCCCAGUUGGUUGAUCCUGCUUAUCAGUCUGUAGUGCGAGUGCUUAUCUUCUCUUCACUCUAUAGACUUACAUCUGGUUCGAGAAAUGCUAUGUCUACAUCCAGUGAUAGUUCUGAACCGGCUCCUUCUAGUAGUACUGAUGCUAAUAAGAAAAAAGAUGAGAAGAAAGCUGAAAGCAGUGAAAGGCCACCACAAAGAGAAUUCACAUUUGGCAACCAUGUAAAUGUUGAAUCAACCGGAGAUAUUUUUUCAAAUAGAAAUCUUCCAAGGGGUGCUUUUACAGAAGGUUCAGAAGAUGGAGCAGCUCCAGCUCUGGCAGCAUUUGCUCGCAUUGCUGAACAAACCACUGCUUUACUGAGAGGAAAUAAUCGAAAUAAUGACAGCCGCCCUACCGGUGUCAAUCUGGUUUCGAUCCGGCCUGAUUCAUGGGCCAGCUCUAUACCACAAGAUUGGGUACCAAUUAUUGCAAGAGAUGUCCAACGUCAACGAAGACAAGCUCCUCAAGCACCAUUUAGUAAUGCCUACUUAAGUGGCAUGCCUUCCAAACGUAGAAAGAUAAUGUCCAAUGAUACUCCGGCACUAUUGGAACAUUCUCAAAGCGCAUUGUCCGAUAUGCUUCUUCAAGCCAUAUCAAGUGCUGAUGUCAAACCACGAACUAGUAUGGAAGAAGUGAAGGCAGAUGUUUCUAAAGAUCCAUCAUUGCAAUCUUCAUUUAAUGAACAUAUGAAGCAUGCAAUUCAAGAAAGAUUGCAGCGCGACUUGGACUAUUGCUCCGACAAAUUUCCUAACUCUGAAAAAUACUAUAACAUUUAAUUCCUCUUUUUCUUUUAUGGGAAUACAUGUGAAUUAUAUUCAUUUUAAAAUUAUUUAUGUAUUGCAUAUAAGUGAACAUGUUUUGAUUUUGUUUAUUAUCUGUGACUUGUGAUGUUUGAAUAUUUAUUAGUUCCCUAAUAAAAUGUUAGUAUGUGAUAAAUAUUUUCAUAGCAUGUUUACAUUUUUUAUAAAAUGUUUAACUAAAUUUCUGAUUUGCAAAAGACAAUUGCUUUAACGUAGUUUUUUGCUGUAGAUUUUAUGUCCAGUUCUUUAUUCAAAUUACUUAUUCUCAGAAUGUAACAAAUUCAAUCAUUUAGGUAAACAAAUUGUUCUUACAUUGUUAUGUGUAUUUUCAAAUCAUUCAAGAGGGCAUUUAGGGUAAGAAAGCCUAGAUUUCCGUGUAGACAAUAAGAUGAUAUAGUAUAUUAUUCUAUACUCAGAUGCAACAAACUUUCCAAGCACCUAUCUAAAACCAUUUACUAAGAAACAGUUUGAUUCAAAAAUUUCACUUUUCAUAAAAAGUGUAGCCUUUCACCAUAAUGCUUCAUUCUCUUCGAUUGUAUGCACAGCAUUAUUUAAUGCUAUUUAUGUCUUAGUAAACAAACAACAAUGUGCAUUUAAAAUAUAUUUGCAAAAAACACAUCAAAUUUUGGUUGUUUAUCUAGUUGGGGGGAAAAUUUAUAUUAAACUCAGUGAAAAUAUUAAUUUUGAUGAAACUUAUGCUAUAUUAACAAAGCUGUAGUAUAUAUAUUUAAAAGUAAUCUGUGUUAACUGUAGAAGAAAAAAUUUGGUUGUAGAAUAUAAAACGUUUUAAUCCUAAUUUGCUUCGUAUUAAAAUUUCAAUAUGAAAA